AGAUUUUGAAUCCAACUAAUACUACAACACUAUGGGUAAAUCUCACGGUUAUAGAUCCCGUACUCGUUACGCCUUCCAACGUGACUUCAAGAAACAUGGUGUUAUUCCUUUAUCCACCUAUUUGAAGACCUACAAGGUUGGUGAUAUCGUCGACAUCAAAGUGAAUGGUGCCGUCCAAAAGGGUAUGCCCCAUAAGUUCUACCACGGUAAGACUGGUAUCAUCUACAAUGUCACCAAGUCUUCUGUCGGUAUUAUCAUCAACAAGGUUGUUGGCCACAGAUAUAUUGAAAAGAGAGUCAACAUUAGAGUUGAACACAUCAAGCACUCUGCUUGUCGGCAAGAAUUCUUGAACAGAGUCAAAACCAACGCUGCUUUGAAGAGAGAAGCCAAGGCCAAUGGUGAACAAGUGUCUUUGAAGAGACAGCCUGCUAAGCCAAGAGAUGCUAGAAUUGUUUCUACCGAAGGUAACGUUCCUCAAACCUUAGCUCCAGUCCCAUACGAAACUUUCAUUUAAGAUUUUGUAUAGAUAAUGCAUGUAGUUUUAGUUUUGUGUUUUUUGUGGCAUCUUUGCCUUAUAGAGGCUUUUGCAUAACCGAACACAUACGUGGAAGUUGACAUCGUAU